GCCAGAACAGUCUCAAUAAGAAUUAAGUCACACAACCUUUUCCACAAAUGCACAUGUUCAUUCGGAAAUCCACACUCUGUGUUUCACAAAUAUAAUUCGGAGGAACACAAAUGCACACGCUCAUUCGGAAAUUCACACUCUUUGACACAUAAAUAUAAUGUGAAAAAAUAACUCACGCAACAUUCUCCACAAAUGCACACGCUAAUUCUGAAGUUCACACUCUGUGGUUCACAAAUAUAAUUUGUAAGAACACUUGUAAUAUAAACUCACAGAUCAUACGAAUUGCUGAAUGUGCAUUUACGAACAGCUUCUCAUUUGUGAACCUUUCUGCGUUUGUGAGUGAAAUCUGUGUGGUGCAUUCACGAACAGCUUCUCAUUUGUGAACCUUCCUGCAUUCGUGAGAGAAAUCGGUGUGCUGAAUUUUGAGACUCUCCUAACGUCGCAGGCCAACAAACGUCACCAUUGGUUAAUGAAUCUGUCAAUCAAAUAUAUGAUUCCACCAGGGCGGUUCGCUUUCAGCCAAUCAUAUGGCUCCUUAUGUUACGGAACAGAUCUGCUGUGCGCAUGCACAUUGCAGCUCACACGGCAGAGCGGGAUGGAUCGGUCACAAUCUGAAUCAUUGAGGCGUGACAUCCUUCAGAGGUUGUACGAUCAACUGUCAAGCAUCUUGGAGAGGCAACCUGUUGAUGGGGAAGGGCUACAGUUUGCUUGUCACCAUUAUUUCGUUUUAUUAAGUGCUCUAGGUGGCAUUGUUGAUGUAGGAGAGGAUAUACUUUCUGCUCUUUCAAAUCUGAAUACUAUUAUCCAGCAGGAAAGAGAUAAUCAAAAGACAUUAAUAGCGGUACACGUUGAAAGAGGUUCUCGUGGCCGCCCACGAUUGGUGGUGUCGCGAGAGGCUCUCGAACACCUUGUGGAAAUGGGUCUGCCAACAAGUGUCAUUACCAAACUCCUUGGUGUAUCCAGAGCAACUCUAUUUAGACGGAUGUCUGAAAACAAUAUAUCUGUAUCUGCCACAUACAGUAAAUGCAGUGAUGAGGAACUAGAUUCAUUUAUCACAGUAAUUAAGAGCAACAUGCCAGAUGCUGGGUACAGGGUGGUCCGAGGUGCUCUACUUGCCCAGGGACAUAGAGUACAGUGGGACCGACUGUAUGCAUCCAUGCAUCGUGUGGACAGUGCGGGUGUACUUGCUCGAAUGACACGUCUGGGAUGUGUAGUGAGAAGGACUUACACAGUUCCUUGCCCAAAGUAUAUGGUGCACAUUGACACCAAUCACAAGCUCAUCAGGUACAAUUUUAUUAUCUUUGGAGGAAUAGACGGCUAUUCAAGGAAGAUCAUGUACCUGAAGGUAGCUGACAACAACCGGGCAGACACCCACCUUGCCUUCUUCAGUGAAGCUGUGAAUGAGCAUGGCUUUCCUCUGAGGGUGAGAGGAGAUCGUGGCGGAGAGAAUGUAGGUGUUGCAGAAUUAAUGUUCUCAGUUCGUGGAACUGACACCAACAGCUUCAUUGCAGGAAAAAGUGUACACAAUCAACGGAUCGAGCGCCUGUGGCGUGAUGUCUUCAUGAGUGUUACUGGUCUAUAUUACAACAUCCUGCACUCUCUGGAAGACCAAGACUUGCUCGACAUCAGUAACAUCCUUCACCUGUUUUGUUGCCACUAUAUCUUCUUGCCUCGCAUCCAGGCCAGCCUGGAUGUCUUUAGAGAUGCGUGGGACAACCAUCCAAUCAGGACAGAGGAAAACAUGACACCAAAUCAGCUGUGGCAUCUGGGCCAGGCUCUGAAUCCUGUUUCUGAUCCAGGGGCAGAUAGUAUACCGAUACCAGAGAUUGAAUGGGAGGAGAAUGGAUACAUGACUGAACCUCAUCCUGGGAUCAAUGUCCCUGUACUGGACAGUCCUCUUUCAGAUCAUGAAAUGUUGGAACUGCAGGACAGCAUUAAUCCGUUGCAACAUUCAGACUCUUUUGGAGUGGACAUAUAUCUUCACACUGUCCAGUAUGUUGAGAACUUACUUGAGGCUAGAUGAUUACAUGUGUGAAGAAGGAAGGAGAGAGAAGAUAGGGAGUUAGGAAGAAAGAAAAUAGUUAAUGAGACAGGAAGGAAGGAAGUUAAAAAGUGAAGGAGUGGUCCCUUUUAAGGUUAAUGUACUGUAUAUUGUUAUUCAAGGGAUUUGCCGUUGUAAAUAUGAAAUGCUAAAGGAUAGACCCCAAAAUAAAUGUCUAAAUUCAUUUAUAGUUGUGUAUUCCCUUAAAGGCUUUGUCAGCCUGAUUUAUUUUAGACCAGGAAUGUAUUUGAAAAGGCUGCUGUCCACUUCAUCUAUGCUACAAUUCUUCAAAAUGUAGAUGUUCUAUCAUUGCUAGUGUUGGUUUAGUAACAUGCAUCUUCCUGUGUAUCCAGCUCUAAUAAAAACAUAUUUAAAGGUGAAGCACCUACUUAUCAGGAGAUCCAUUUCUUUUUACAUGUUAUUGUUUGAAUUUUGUCUCGUUUCAUAACUUUUGCUCAACAUUUAAGGGGAACUGUGUUACCCUGCGAUUGUACUAUACCUCUGUCCGUCUACUUAUUAAAUGGGAUAACAUGACAAGAUUCU